GAGAGAAGGAAGCAAAGAGAAGGAGAGAGACAGAGACAGUUGGACUCUUUCCUCAGCACUCGUAUUUCUGGACUUUUGCAUAAGCUUCUGUAUAAGGACAGUAUCCUUCACUCUGAACAGAGACAGAAGCAGCUGUUCCUGUCUCCUGAGCAUAGCUCAGCACUAGGUGAGCGAGAGAUAGCAUGGGCUGGUCCCUGGGGAGCAGUAGAACUUUCCAGUCCAGGCUGCUUCUCCGGAGAUUUCACAAGGAACAAGGGCUUAGAACUAAAUGUUGAUGAAUUACUCUAGUGCCACUGAAUUUUAUCUCCUUGGCUUCCCUGGCUCUGAAGAACUACAUCAUAUCCUUUUUGCUAUAUUCUUCUUUUUCUACUUGGUGACAUUAAUGGGAAACACAGUCAUCAUCAUGAUUGUCUGUGUGGAUAGACGUCUGCAGUCCCCCAUGUAUUUCUUCCUCGGCCACCUCUCCGCCCUGGAGAUCCUGGUCACAACCAUAAUCGUCCCCGUGAUGCUUUGGGGAUUGCUGCUCCCUGGGAUGCAGACAAUAUCUUUGUCUGCCUGUGUUGUCCAGCUCUUCUUGUACCUUGCUGUGGGGACAACAGAGUUCGCAUUACUUGGAGCAAUGGCAGUGGACCGUUAUGUGGCUGGCUGUAACCCUCUGAGGUACAACAUCAUUAUGAACAGACACACCUGCAACUUUGUGGUUCUUGUGUCAUGGGUGUUUGGGUUUCUUUUUCAAAUCUGGCCGGUCUAUGUCAUGUUUCAGCUUACUUACUGCAAAUCAAAUGUGGUGAACAAUUUUUUUUGUGACCGAGGGCAAUUGCUCAAACUAUCCUGCAAUAAUACUCUUUUCACGGAGUUUAUCCUCUUAAUGGCUGUUUUUGUUCUCUUUGGUUCUUUGAUCCCUACAAUUGUCUCCUACGCCUACAUCAUCUCCACCAUUCUCAAGAAGAUCCCGUCAUCCUCUGGCGGGAGGAAAUCCUUCUCCACUUGUGCCUCCCACUUCACCUGUGUUGUGAUUGGCUACAGCAGCUGCUUGUUUCUCUACGUGAAACCCAAGCAAACGCAGGCAGCUGAUUACAAUCGGGUAGUUUCCCUGAUGGUUUCAGUAGUAACUCCUUUCCUCAAUCCUUUCUUCUUCACCCUCCGGAAUGAUAAAGUCAUAGAGGCCCUUCGGGAUGGGGUGAAACGCUGCUGUCAACUAUUCAGGAAUUAGCCUUGCUCUGAGGACUUUUACAUGGUAAAGCACUUAGUAUGGAUUCUAGAAUAAUCUGAAAAGAACUUGCUCAUCUUUGAACUGCAUCAUAAUUAUUACCAUUAUCAAAUGAUUUGCAUGCAACAAAAUACUUUUAAGUUACAGCUACGGUUUUUAGUAUGGUUAGUUGUUACUUGAAACUCAGUCUAUUAUUUUUAAGACAUGUCUUGCUAUCUAGCUAUCUAUCUAUCAUCUGCCUUUCUUAAGAUACGAUGAUUUCACAAUUAAACUUUGAAAAAUUAAACGUUAGAGAUAGACUAUCUAUAUAGUCUAGAAAAUAGACUAGUGGUUGCUUAGGGCUGAGGGGAAUGCAGACAUAGGGUAGUGAUAGCUAAGGGGUACAGGCUUUCUUUUUGAAAUGAUGGUUGUAAAUAUCUAUGAAUAUACCAAAAAUCAUUGAACUAUACAUUUUCAAUGAGUUAACUUUAUGGAAUGUGAUUUAUAUUUCAAUAAAGCUUUUGAAAAUAGUAUAUUAGAUCAUGAAGAAGUAUUGUGAAGAAAAGUGAAACAGGAAUGAAAGGGAGUAUCUCUUGCAGGAGUGUUGAAAUUUCAAAUAAGGUUUUCAGGGAAAGAUUGAGAGAGGUAAGGUGGUGAUACAUUCGGAAACUUGUUAAAGAACAUUCCAGGCAUAGUGAGUAAUAAGUGAGAGAUCCUAGGGAAGGCGUAACAAAGAUGCUGAAAUGGAGCGUGCAAAGGAGAAAGCAAUUGCAGUCAGAGUGGUAACUGGAAUGCAGACCAUGUAGAGCCUUGUGAGCCUCUUUUUUUU